UUUUAACUUUGAUCAAUGAUUUUUCUGCUCUUUCUUUGGUCCCUUAGAGAGAACAAAAGAGAAAAGAAAACAAUAAAAGUAAUAACACAAGCAGUAGCGGGACGAAGCCAGUUGGUGACUUCCUUGAAGAAAAAAGCUUCUGAACGUCCCGCUUUGCCUCCACGACCCACAUUGACCAAUCCUGCCUUCAGGAGGAACAGCAACAGUAGGAGUGUGGAUAAUUCCUCCAUUUCAUCCAGAGCCACGCAUAGUUCCUCCAUCCUGAGAAAAAACAGCAGUGAUCAAAUCAAUUCUCCUGUGAUGUCACCGGUGACACCAGGCAUCAGCGAUAACGUAACCUCUCCUGACAAAACAUUCACCUCCGUUCAAGACAGCCCCAAUUCAUCUUUUGAAACUACCACUGCUGUUUACAAACCUCAUUAUCCACACAACACCUCCAAAAUUGACUACGCCUCUGCAUCAGUAGAAGAGGUAGAUACUCUAAUAAAGACUGAUCCAGUUGGUCAGCCCGAUGUAAUUCCUAAACCACAGACCUUACCUAUGCAUAAAAGACCCUCAGAGGUGGAGAUUUGGGGUCCCCCCACAUCAUUACCCCCUGAUCCACCAUCUAAAGUCAACAUGGAGAUGUUUUCUAGCAAGAGUCAAAGCUCAGAGCAGAAAAAGUUUCCCCCAUCAACCCCACCAGAAGACCCUCAAUCAUCUCCACCAUCUUCUCUCUCAGAGCCAGAAUUACUUGAAGAGUCUAUUUCUGAAUCAUCAAAAGGGCCAAGCACCAAGAUCAGAAGUAGUCUUGCCAAAAUGGAGGGUACGUUGGAGAUUAAACUGAAACAAGGAGGAAAUAAGGGCUCGGAUCACUGGGAAACGGUCUAUGCAGUACUGGAAGAGGAGACACUCAAUCUGUUUAAAGACCAGGAUGCCGCCAAUGAGAACUGCACUCGUUGGCCACCCAUCACCCUGGUUGGGGCAGUUUGUAAAGACAAUCCAUUUUACAGAAGAAAAGAGCACACCUUCAAACUGAUACUGGCCGAUGGUAGUCACUAUCUGUUCGCAGCCUCAUCUCGAGAGGAACAGCAAAUAUGGUUGAAGGAGCUUCAGGAUUGCACAAAUGAAACCACGUCUUCAGACAGUCCUGGAACUAGCACAGAGGCAAGUAACGAAACCAUAGAGUCAUGUGACUCGGGGCCAACGGGUACAUUUGACACUCAAGCCUCAAACACGGAGUCAAACCAGGAAAAGGAAGAGUCAACAGAGAACUGCGAGACAGACAAAGAGCCACCACCAAAACCCCCCCACACUUAUUACAACAAACACCGGUACCCAGAUGGAGGUGAGAGCCGAGACACAGCGAGUGAGAGCCAACAUGUAAAAAGUUUACAGAGGAACCAGGCACCCCCCUUCCCCCCACCCCCUCCACCAGUGUACCAGACUGAAAAUGGAACCAAGGACAGAUCCAAAAACAAGAGUGUAUUCAAGAAAUUUUUCAAAAAAUGAUUAAAAUAAUAGCUUCUUUUAUGGCACUAAUGGAAAUUGACCUCAUAGAAAAUGUUUAUAUUUGAAUUUAAGCAUAUGCGUAAUAGGAUGGUCCUUAUUUUUCAACUUUUAAAAGUUCAUGCUAUCAUCCCACCAAUAUGUUU